AUGGUGCCACAUAAUCUACAAUGCGAACCAUUUUGUAAUGGUAAUAAGGAUUUUUCAAAUAUAGGUCCUGAUUUUAAUAAAUUUAAUCUUACGAAUAAAUUACACAUAUUAUAUGGACAUUAUGAUCAGACAAAAAGCAAAGACAAACGUAAUGCUUAUUCUGAAGAAAUUAUAACAUUAGGUAUAUGGUUAAUUCAAAAAUUAUUAGUUAUUUAUAGGGGGGGAUUAAUUUACGAAAAUUAUAAGAAUUAUUAUGAGCACAUUGUGAUGCAUUUGAAACAUAAUACAUAUAUGAUAAAAAAUGACGGUGACAUUCCUCUAAAUCCAAUUUAUCAUAAACUUUUAGAUGCGUUUUCAUUGAAAUCGAAUUAUUUGAUUCUCUUAGAUUAUAAUAAUAAAUACAUUAAACAAUUUUAUAUGUUAUUUGAUAAACUAUGCAAUACAAUUAAUGAAUAUACAGAAAAUGGUUAUUCAAACCAAGGUAUUGCGUAUAGUUCUGCAAAUUGUAUUAAUAUGUAUAGGAUAAUUUAUAACAUUGUUAAUAAAUCUAAUUUUCAUCUUUAUUUAUUGGAAAAUUUAAAAAACGAUCGCAUCAAAUUUAUAAUUUCUUCUAUUAAUGAUAGUAUAAAUGAAAAAAGAAAUUGUAAUUUCCAUACAAAAUUAAAAAGAAUUGAAAAUAAUAGUGAAAAUAAUUCAUAUUUUAAAAAAACUUAUGAAGAAUUUGGAUGCCAAGAUUCAAUAUAUCAAAAUAUUAAUUCAUAUAAUGGAGAAGAAAAUAUGGUAAUUAUAUUAGGUGAUUCAAAAUAUGUAUUAAAAUAUUUAAAUGCAUCAGAUCAUAAAAUUGAUAUAGGAACAAAAGGAUGCUAUAAAACAUGUCUUGAAUCAUUUAAUUCACAAAAAAACUGUGAGAAUGAAUCAGGAAAUCUAUCAGAAAUAUCAUUGUGUGAAUUAAACGAUACAAAUAGUGCCAAAGAAUAUAGUAUGUGUGAAUUGCCUUAUCAUGAAAUCGGAUUAAAACGAAAUGAAGUGCCAUUAAUAUGCUGUGCAGAUAUUUAUAGCGAACAUACCAUAAGCAAUAUUGCAGUAGCAGCCAUUUCAAUAUCCGUCGUUGUAUCAAUUAUAUAUAAGUAUUUAUCACUUGGUUGUCCAGAAAAUCCGAAGAAAAAAAAAAAAGAUGAAAAUGUUAUAAAAUCAAUUAAUGGAGAAAAAAUGAAAAACAAAUAUAAAAAUGAUUGA